UAAUGUAAAUAUGUCAAGGUAUAUAAAAUACUAGUGAAUCUUUUCAUCUGAUCCGUUUUGUGAUCGUGUUUGGGCUUGAAUUAAACACCAGGUAUCGCUCUUCAUACCUUAUAUACACAUUGAAUAGACACAGGAGAUUACAUGAACAUUUAUUUCAUAUAUAUAUAUAUCAUACGUAUACAUUUUAUUUUAAUGGAAUCUAUGUUUGGGAAAGUGUAAGAGUACUAUAUACCUGACAAAAUAUGGAUACUUCCGUCAAACUUGGUGUGGGGAUUAGUUUCACGUUGAUCGUAAUUUUAGGAUUGUUACUUAACAUUUUAUAUGUUUUCGUUUUCAUCAGAAGAAGACAACUUCGCCAACCAACUAAAUAUUUCUUAUUUAGUUUAGCUUUAGUAGACAUACUAUCCAUCACAUGCUGGACAUUGUUUAGUCAGAUUUCAGCUUUCCUGGGAGAAUGGGGACUACCUACUGAGGUUUGUCAACUGCAAGAAUUUACAAUGUCUUUUUGUUUACUGUUGAAUAUGCAUACAUUCAUGAUACUGGCAUUAGAGAGGGCACUGUUCCUAUUAAAGCCAUCUCGACACAGUGAAAUAUGCAUAAAUACGGUAAUUAUAAUUAUUCUAAUCGCUAUGUGGCUUUUUGAUGCAGUUAUUUCAAUUUUUCCUUUUACUGGAUGGGGAGAAAUAAGCUAUUUUGAAAAUCAAUUUCAGUGUUCAAUGGACUAUGAAAAAAACACGCGACAAAUGAGAUUUGCCACAGCCAUCGCCGUGGGAAUUCCGUUUUUAGUUAUGGUUAUAGCUUAUGUCAUUAUAUUCCUUAAAAUGAAAAAGUUACAAAAAGGAGUAUCUAAAGGAGGUCAGAUAAUCUUGGAACAAGCUGAUUUUGCGAACGGAGACAGCUACGCGGCUAGGCUUAAACGACAACAGCUGAAAUUCCAGAAUGCAGGGAUGAAACGAAAGAAACCGAUAUUAGGACGAGAAAUCGAUAAAGACGGAUUUGCUCGAGAUGAAAGCUCAGAUGAAGAAAAUAAGACAUCAAAGGACACAAAAGAAGUUAAAAACAUUUUUUAUUUGUAUAAAAGUGAUGUGGCAUUGAUCAAAACUUAUCUCAUCAUGACGGUAACAUAUCUGUUGUUAUGGGUACCGUAUAUUAUCAUUACGUAUGUUCAAACUUUCGACCGUUACCAUGGAAUUCCUGAUGUUGUGUUUUAUAUUUUUGUUAUUUUCACACAUUGCACGGCAUUUGCAAAACCGAUGACUUAUGUUAUUCAGAAUGAAAAUUUCCGCACCCAUUUCAGGAAAGCGUUAACCAAGAAGACCAAAUAUCGAAAUUUUGAAAGAAAUUGACUUUAUGAAAUGUUGCUCUCCUUAUGUUUACAUUGUAAAUAAAUAUUUACAUGAAACAAGAUUAGAAUUUUAAUAUAUUCUUUGCGUGGGUUGGAAUUUUGCCAAGCUAGUUUAAAUUUAAUGUUAAAUCGAAAUGUCCUUUUAAAAGAUCGCAUAAAGAGAAAUUUAUUUGAACCUCAAAUUUAACACAAAAAUAAGACGUUAACUACCGCCACGUGUGGUGAAAAUGCUUUUGUAUUUGACAAUAUAUAGUAAUUACGUUUUAAAAACGUUAAAUAAAGGUUCUGUAUAUUAAGAUCGUUAUACUAGUAACUUUAACUUGUACAUUGGAAAAGCAUAUACACAUGUACAUGUUGAAAUGAAUAAUUGUUUUGAACAUGCACACUUUAAAAAAUACAUCUCAAAGUUAGGAAUAUAUGUUUAUUUCUUUUA